AUGAAACCAAGUGCUACAGAGUGUUCCUUCACAAGGAAAUCCAAGGUCACGGUCACACAGCACGUGAAGGAUAUUAGGACGCUCAGCGAGGCGCAGAACAAUCAGUUACAGAUAGCGCCCGACUACGAGGAUCUAGCAGAUGCGACAGCGACAGCAAUAGCAACGGCGACCCAGACGCCGGCAGACCCAGUUUCGUCUUUGAACAUCCGAAGUGGAAAAGAGAUUUCGAAGUCAUGGACGCGUGCUGCACACAGAACGCGCAACGCGGCGAAGCGUUUGUGUAACGGGGCACCCUGA